AAGAUCAACUUAGGUUAAGAUUUAAAAAUAUUAUCUCCUUCUCCAUUAACUUGUUAUUUUAAUGAAUUGCCCCUUCUGUAUUCGUUCACAAAAACCUUAAUUCAACAAUUCUUCUUAUUUCGAAAUAUUUAAAAAGAGCGAUCAUCCAUGAUACAAUUAAAGUUGUCAUAAUUUUAAUAAAACUAAUAAAAUACAGGAUGUAGAGAGCAUUUUAAUCUACAAGGUUUUUAAUUAAUAAUUCUGUUUAAAUCAUAAUUGAAUCGGUCUCGAUUUAAAAAAUAUAAUUCAUUUUUGAAAAAUAACAUAAAAAUGAUUUCAAAAUAAACUGGUAUAUUUUCUUCCUAUUAGACGUUUCAGAAGUAAUCCAUAUAAAGAAAAAAUCCAGAAUAGUCCAGCUUGAACUAAAUGAAGAUGAAAUUUUAGAAAAAUGUAGUAAAGGAGCAUUUAAUUAAAUUAUCAUUUGCUAAAUAUCAUAUAUAUAUAUUAAUUAAUUUAUUAUUAACUAAUUUAUUUUAUAAUAAAAGUUACUAAAAAUAGAACAAACCUAAGCUUUCUCUAAACCAUCAAUUAGAAAUUUGA